CACCCGAACACCAAUCAGCAAUCGUCUCUACUGUCUGCUCCGGAAUCCUCAGAGCGGACCAUUUUUUUGGCGAAUAUAUAGGGUAAGAGUGCAUAGCCGAAACGCAGAGAAUCCUGGACCAGAGAUGGCGGAAGAAGCGAUUCUUGGUUACCUAGCGAAGAACGAAGAAAUCGCUGACUCAGGCGAGUUCGCAGCCAAACAUGGACUCGAUCACGACGACGUCGUCAAUGUCAUCAAGAGCCUCCACGGUUUCCAAUACGUCGAUGCUCAGGACAUUAAGAGGGAGACGUGGGUCCUUACCGAUGAGGGGAAUAUGUACGCUGCUGCAGGAUCACCUGAAGGGCAGCUGUUCUUUGCAGUACCUGCGGAGGGGGGUAUCCCGAGGGAAGAAUUGCAAAAAAAACUCAGCCCAUUGGUUUUCAAAAUAGGUUGCGCCCAGGCAGCAAAGAAUAAAUGGGUGGAUAUGGGAAAGCAAGUAUCCAGAAAGGUCAAACAUGUGGAGGAUAGGGUCAAAGAUUUACUUCUACAGAUAAAAGAUGGACAGGUUAUUGACCAAGAUGAUAUCAAGGCUCUCAAAGGAAGAAAGCUUAUUGCCCCACAGACAUGGAACGGCUACUCAGUGAAAAAGGGCCCCAGUUAUGCUCCACAAAGAAAGAAAUUUGUUGCUGAUUUGACUCGCGAGAUGCUUCAGAGUGGCGACUGGAAGAACUUAGAGUUCAAAGAGUAUAACUUCAAUGCAAAAGGUCAGCCUAUUGAGGGUGGUCAUCUUCAUCCACUGAACAAGGUUCGACAUCAAUUGAGGAUGAUUUUUCUUCAGAUGGGGUUUGAGGAGAUGCCUACAGACCGAUUUGUUGAAAGCAGCUUCUGGAACUUUGACGCCCUGUUUCAGCCGCAACAACAUCCUGCCCGUGAUGCACAUGACACAUUCUACCUGAAAGCUCCUUCCACCACAAAGGAACUGCCUGAAGAUUAUGUUGAGAGGGUGAAGCGUGUUCAUGAGUCUGGUGGUUAUGGGUCACGGGGAUAUGACUAUAAUUGGAGCAGAGACGAAGCAAACAAAAACCUUCUGCGAACGCACACGACUGCUGUUUCAUCCAGGAUGCUUUACAUGCUGGCCCAGAAACCUUUUACUCCCAAAAGAUACUUCUCUAUAGAUCGUGUUUUCAGAAAUGAAGCAGUAGAUCGAACUCAUCUUGCAGAGUUCCACCAGAUCGAAGGCCUGAUAUGUGAUCGAGGACUUACUCUUGGUGACUUGAUUGGAGUCCUGCAUGACUUCUUUUCUCGUCUGGGCAUGGCCAAGCUGCGUUUCAAGCCUGCUUAUAAUCCAUAUACUGAACCUAGCAUGGAAAUUUUCAGUUAUCAUGAAGGUUUUGGGAAAUGGGUAGAAGUUGGAAAUUCUGGCAUGUUUAGACCUGAAAUGUUGCUUCCUAUGGGAUUACCAGAAGAUGUUCGUGUUAUUGCAUGGGGCCUUUCCCUUGAAAGACCAACUAUGAUCCUGUAUGGCAUUAAUAACAUCCGGGACCUCUUCGGGCACAAGGUGGAUCUUGGUCUCAUCAAGAUAAAUCCUAUAUGUGGUCUAGGGGUUUGAUUAAGUGAUGUUUCUAUGUAUUUCUGUUGCAAAAUGUUCGACAUUAGACAUUUAGUUUAGUAAUGGGAAACACUUUUUCCAUCAGCACAAAAUCUGCCCAGGCCUUUUAUAUUAAUAUCAUUGUGUUAGCUUGAUUUGAUUCAUUUCCACUCACACCUUGUUUUCAAGUGGAGUGAAGGCUCUGAUUUUAGUGAGGCACAGUACAACUGAGAAUCACUUGCAUUUUGACUAGGUUGGAGAAAAAAUUUGCAUGCAUUUACUAUGCCAACCUUAGAAUAUAAUCCCAUUUUCAAUUUUCAA